AUGAUUUCUGUUUUAACUUUCAUUAUUUUUUUCAGUCUAAGUUUAUAUAUUGGACUGCUAGUUAUCUCCAGGUUUCUGAGAGCUGUUGGGUUAUAUAUAGCGUAUGAUCUUCUUAAACUGGUACCUGUCGUACAGUUUCUAUUCUUUGUCAAGUUAGGGAGUGGAAUACCAUUUCUCUUUUUACAGAAGCCAUUUGGCUCUGGCCGUAGACUGAAUGCCUCUCAGUGGUUUAGAAUUAGUAGACAUGCAUUUUUUGGAAGUAUAUUAGGUCUGAUGUGGCUGUUUGGGUUAACAUUAUGUGGACCAUUGAGGAGUAUAUUGUUAUAUGAACACAGUGAUAUUGUAGUUAUAGCAGCUAUAACAGCUUUAUUCACCAGUAAUAGUGGGGGACCAGCCAAGUUACGUGGUGGUGUAUUUUUUGUGUUGGCUGUGAUUGCCUUACUCUUAUUUGAUCAUGAUGAGAAAUUAGAUUUAAUGACAGAUCAUGAAAAAGAACAACAUGAUGAUAUCCACAAAACAGUCAUAUCACAUAUCUUUUACCAUAUAGUUAAUUUAGUUGGCUGGUCAGACCAUAAAGGAGGUGUUGUAUUACUAUCUAUAACUCUUUGUCUACAAGUUGGUUUUAAUGCUGCAUCAAAAAAACUAUCAGUAGAAGUGGGAGGAGCUAAACGUCUACACUCAUUAUCAACAUUAGUAUCUUCUAUUCUCUUAUUACCAUGGGCUGCAUUUAUAUAUUUAACUAAAGAGACUGACAUACAAUCAACAGUGUUUCUCAUCUUUCCUCUAGUAUUAGUGAUAUUAUUUGUGUUCCUAUUGGACUAUUAUAUAGAAGCUGUAUGUAUAAACCAUCUACAACCAGCUAAAACAGCUCUAUAUGGCUCUAUAUUUAUGUUUAUUAGUGCUGUGUUAUUAAGUCUGACAUGGAACCAUCCGUAUAUAGCUCAGAUUACCACGAUGAGUAAACUAAGGGAAAUAAUUACUGAAGAUCAUGUGUUAUCUGGUGGUGUUGUAUUCAGUGUUAUCAUUUUUCUCUUUGGUAAGAAUACUACUAAACUAUUGGUAUCACAGCCUAAAUCAAGUCGUGGUAAUUUUAUUGGUUAUUCACCAACUGGAGUACCGUUAUAUACCUUUGCUGGUGAUGCUUUACACAGAACUUCUCAAUCUUUACUUAUUAUCAUGAAAAAUGGUUUAAAACAAAUACUAGAAGAAUCUGAUUCGAGGAGGAUAUUUUAUUUUCUGUGUAUUAAUUUAGGUUUUACGUUUGUGGAGUUGAUCUAUGGAGUAUGGACCAACAGUCUUGGUUUGAUAUCUGAUGGUUUUCAUAUGUUAUUUGACUGUUCAGCAUUAGUUAUGGGUUUAUAUGCUUCCAUUAUGGCUCGGUGGAAACCAACCAGAAUAUUCUCCUAUGGGUUUGAUCGAGUAGAAGUAUUAUCUGGGUUUAUCAAUGGAUUAUUUCUAGUAGUGAUAGCUAUAUUUGUAUUCUCAGAAGCUGUAGGAAGACUGUUUGAACCACCUGAAAUCUCAACAGAAAGAUUACUAAUAGUUUCUGUGUUGGGUCUUUUAGUCAAUUUAAUUGGUAUAUUUGCAUUUAGUGGUAGUCAUGGACACAGUCAUGGUGGGGGACAUGGACACAGCCAUGGAGUAUUUUUACAUGUACUAGCUGAUACACUAGGUAGUGUAGGUGUUAUUAUAUCUACAUUAUUAAUAGAGAAUUUUGGUUGGAAUAUAGCUGACCCACUGUGUUCAUUAUUUAUUGCUACUAUGAUAUUAUUGAGUGUUAUACCAUUAUUAAAAGAAACUGGCUCUAUCUUGUUAUUACGAACACCUGGACAUUUAGAGACAGAAUUAUCUGAAUCUUUACAAUCGAUAUUAAAUAUAGAAGGGGUAAUAAGUUAUAGAGAUCCUCAUUUCUGGCAUCAUACAUCAGAUAAAAUAUUAGGUUUGAUCCAUGUACAGAUAUCACCAGAAUCUUCCGAACAAAAAAUAAUAACUCAGGUGACGUCCAUAUUAAAAGAAGCUGGUAUUAUAAAUGUUAUGAUACAAGUAGAAAAAGAACAAUAUUAUUAUCAUUUAUCUGGACUCAGCUCAUCUUUUGAUCAAAUGAUUGAAUGUUCACACAGUUUUAAUAAACUUCAAUAUGAUGAGAAAUUGAAUAGAGUCAAAGCAAUAUAG